AACAGAAAUGGUGGGCUACGUUUCGGCGAGAUGGAGCAUGAUUGUCAGAUUGCACAUGGGGCUGCCCAGUUUUUGAAGGAAAGGUUGUUCGAGGUUUCUGACCCCUACACUGUGCACGUCUGUAACCUCUGUGGUUUCAUCUGCAUUGCCAAUCUCAGAAAUCAGAAUUUAGAGUGCAAAGGAUGUAAGAAUAAGACGCAGGUUUGUGGCUAA